CAGAGGGAGGGUAUCCCUGGCCGCGCUGGGCCACUGGAUACAAGUGAGAGUAACAAGCGGGGGGAGUCCCUGCCUCAACUCCCCAUGACAGCUCGCAGUUGCAAACUGCAGCUACUCUAGUCCAACAUAUAUUGUUUCCCCCCCUCUUCCUCCUGUAUAUGGCGAGAAACGAGCUGGACAUACUCCACUCCAAGCGGCACGACAAGCUCGAUUUCUUCCUAAAAAGGCACUUGGACGAGAGCGUCUUCAACAAGAUCCGAAUGUACGAAGCGUGCAUUGUAGUGACGGGGAGAAGGCACAAGAAGACGUUCGACUUCGUCGUCCUCACCGACGAGUGUAUCUACUUGACUCAGAACCCACCCAAGACCAUCCACGAGGCGUUGCAUCUCAGCGAUGUUGUUGCAAUCGAGUUGGUUGACGACUACCCUGACUUUCUGAGCGGCCACGACCGUGAAUCAGCACAACACGUCCGUAUCGUUUAUGUCUCACGGACACACAAGAAACGACACAAACCACACGCGGGCAGCAAUAAAUAUAUUGCCACUCAUGACGGGGGCAGGAGGAAAUUCGGCACCCUCGGCCGCGAGGAAGCUAGCACAAACCAGGAAGCCCUCAGCAGCCCAGAAACACACAAGCUCAUACAGAACAAGCAUCCCAGGGAAUUCGCUCUCAGGAAGAGCGAGGAUUUUGCCAGGCAACGUGACCCUGGACCAACCCGUGCCGACUCCUGCCCGACCCCCGAGCUGAAGAAUCUGAAGCUGUGCGAGAAAGACAACCAUGUUGCCUGGCGCACAAAUGCCCGCCCGCUGCCUGAGCCUCCAAAGGAAAGUCCAGGCCCUACCUUGGCAUCGAGAGUGCCAACGUACAAGCAAGAACCAGUGCAACAGCACCCGGUCAAUCCUUACCCAUGCCACAGGAACACCAGGGAGCAGCGCUCAGAUAGAUGGGACUCCAGCACGGAGGUGGACAAGAGGACAAGCAGCCAGCUGAAGGAACAGGAACUGGAACUUCACCUCUACAUCAUCUCCAUGUCCUCCUUAAUAUUUCUCCAUUUAAAAAGUGCGUGGAACAAUUUUAUGAUUCGGUCGACACUAAGGCAGGAUCCAGACUACGCACAGGAAAGUGCACCUGCAUCCCCCGCUCGGGGUGCCAAGGGACACAGUUCAGAGGGAAUCAAUAAACUCUUCAAUCAACUGAGCUCUGAAUUGCUUCAUGGAAGCAGUGCGUUGGACAGGACCUGUUCACUGGUGAAGGAGCUCAAAACUGCUGCACUUCGCAACUUCACCAUCAAAAAGCUCUUCUGGAAAUCGAACGACCUGUAUCCGUUUCUGAUUGGAAAACUUCAGGAACACUUGCCGAGAUUGGAGGAUCCAACAACCCAACGUGACAGGAGGAAAACCAUCAAUGAUCUACAAUUUUGUAGGUUGAUCGUGGAGACGUUGGGCGUGAUGUUCAGGGAGACUGAAACGGAGCCAAGUCGCCUGCCCCUUCUCACUGCCAAGCGGGGCAUCUUGGUCGUCAGCCUACUGAAGAUUUUAAUAAGUGGGCCGCAUGUACUGAAGACACCUUGUACGGUUGGUGACGGGGUGUCGGUGGAGCGUGUGGUCCCAGCUGUUCCUCCCAGCGAGGAGCUACAGAACCUGUUACUGGAGUACAGUGAUGCUGUGAUAUCAGCUCUGUAUGAAAUAUUCCUCAUAACGCAUCAGGGAAACUGGGGCUCCGGCUCACGGAACCUGAUGACUGUCGGAUGGUUGAUGAUGGCUUUGCAGAAACUUCCAGCCAUGUUCCUGUUCAUCGACCACAUGGUGAAACACAUCAUUAAGACAGUCCUGCCUCCCAUUCAUCUCAUGAGCCCCACAGAGGCAUUGCGUCUUUUCCAACAACUCUACAUCCUCAACACCUGCAUUCAGUAUGGCAGUGGUCUGGCAGAGCACAUCAGGAAUAAAUACAGCGAGGAGUUCAGGUAUUACAUCCAGAUUGCCACAGUGGAAGCAAUGCUCCCGGCCCAUUACGCUGUCACCCAACCUGCAAUGAGGCUGCUCCUUCAAGUGCUCAGUUGCAUCCUCCAGAAGCCGGUGUGACCACCCUUGUAUCCAGGAGGGUGAGACUGACGAUGAUCACGGGUACCAGGAGCUAACGAAGCAGCCUUCAGUGUCACAGCAGCUUUAUUCAGAUACAUACCUACCUGCUGUAGAUCGCUACUUAAUUUUCCUUGAUUUAAAAUGACAUACCAAUAAGACUUUGAAAUCCCAUCUGUUCACAGGAGGGCUUCAGUAAACAUUGAAUUAGAUAAAAAAUAGUUAAAGUUAAAAAAUAACAGCUCUGUUAUUUUCUUGUUUAAGAAGGAACGGCAGAUGCUGAAAAAUCGAAGGUAGACAAAAAUGCUGGAGAAACUC